CUCCUCUCUGGCGUCCCGGCGCUCGCUCCACCGCCGCCUCUCUCUGUCUCUCUCCCUCUGCCGCAGCCGCGACGCCCGCCGCCGCCGCGCAGCGCCCCGGCCACUCUCGCGGCGGGAAGGAGCCGCCCGCUCCUGAGACAUAAAAGAGAAUUCAUAAAACUGAAGGAUUUUCGAAGAGGGUGACAAAAAGAGAAGAAAAAUGCCGAAACCAAUCAAUGUAAGAGUAACAACGAUGGAUGCUGAGCUGGAAUUUGCCAUUCAGCCCAACACAACUGGCAAACAGCUUUUUGACCAGGUGGUGAAAACAGUUGGUUUGCGUGAAGUCUGGUUUUUUGGGCUGCAGUACAUGGACAGCAAGGGCUAUUCUACAUGGCUUAAACUAAAUAAAAAGGUGACACAGCAAGAUGUUAAAAAAGAGAAUCCUUUGCAAUUCAAAUUUAGAGCUAAAUUCUUUCCUGAAGAUGUUUCUGAGGAAUUAAUUCAAGAAAUAACCCAGAGACUUUUCUUCUUGCAAGUUAAAGAAGCUAUAUUAAAUGAUGAGAUAUAUUGUCCACCAGAAACUGCAGUUCUUUUGGCUUCUUAUGCUGUCCAAGCCAAGUAUGGAGAUUAUAAUAAAGAGAUUCAUAAACCAGGCUACCUGGCUAAUGAUAGACUCCUCCCCCAGCGUGUUUUGGAGCAACACAAACUGACAAAAGAACAGUGGGAAGAAAGAAUACAGAAUUGGCAUGAAGAACAUAGAGGAAUGCUAAGGGAGGAUUCUAUGAUGGAGUACUUGAAGAUUGCACAGGAUCUAGAAAUGUAUGGAGUCAACUAUUUUGAAAUAAAAAAUAAGAAAGGAACUGAAUUGUGGCUAGGUGUUGAUGCUUUGGGUUUGAAUAUUUAUGAACGUGAUGACAAGUUAACACCUAAAAUUGGUUUUCCUUGGAGUGAAAUCAGAAAUAUUUCAUUUAAUGACAAAAAAUUUGUUAUAAAGCCGAUUGACAAAAAAGCACCUGAUUUUGUUUUUUAUGCACCUCGUUUGAGAAUCAAUAAGCGGAUUUUGGCCUUAUGCAUGGGAAACCAUGAGCUCUACAUGCGAAGAAGGAAGCCUGACACUAUUGAAGUACAGCAGAUGAAGGCCCAGGCUAGAGAAGAGAAACAUCAGAAGCAGUUGGAAAGGGCUCAAUUAGAGAAUGAAAAGAAGAAAAGAGAAAUAGCAGAAAAGGAAAAGGAAAGAAUAGAACGUGAAAAGGAAGAGCUAAUGGAACGUCUGAGACAAAUUGAAGAACAGACAAUGAAAGCCCAGAAAGAAUUGGAAGAACAGACUCGAAAAGCUCUAGAAUUGGACCAGGAACGAAGACGAGCAAAAGAAGAAGCAGAAAGGCUUGAAAAGGAGCGUCGAGCUGCUGAAGAGGCCAAGUCUGCUCUAGCGAAACAGGCUGCCGACCAGAUGAAGAAUCAGGAGCAGCUGGCAGCAGAACUUGCCGAAUUCACUGCCAAGAUUGCACUUCUCGAGGAAGCCAAGAAGAAAAAGGAAGAGGAAGCUACUGAGUGGCAACACAAAGCUUUUGCAGCCCAGGAAGACUUGGAAAAGACCAAAGAAGAGUUAAAGACUGUGAUGUCUGCCCCGCCUCCGCCUCCACCACCACCAGUCAUUCCUCCAACUGAAAAUGAACAUGACGAGCAUGAUGAGAAUAACGCCGAGGCUAGCGCUGAAUUAUCAAAUGAUGGGGUAAUGAACCAUAGAAGUGAGGAGGAACGUGUGACAGAAACACAGAAAAAUGAACGUGUUAAAAAGCAACUUCAGGCAUUAAGUUCAGAAUUAGCCCAAGCCAGAGAUGAAACCAAGAAAACACAAAAUGAUGUUCUUCAUGCUGAGAAUGUUAAAGCAGGCCGUGAUAAGUACAAGACUCUGCGACAGAUUCGGCAAGGCAAUACAAAGCAACGUAUUGAUGAGUUUGAAGCAAUGUGAGAGCUGUUAUUUUGCAUACAUGUUCUUCAUAAGCUGAACCACCAACAGAGAAAAGCAGGCCUUUGUGGAUGUGAUGGAAUGCAUCCCACCUUGCCAAAGCACUUACACCAGUCUGACUGUGGUGGCUAAAAGACAUUUAAGGGGAGCUUUUCAACAUUAAGGCAGUGUGAUACCAUGCUUGAUUUUCUUUUUCUUUUGGGCCAGGGAAUGAAGAACAGUGCUCCAUCACCUCCUUUUUCACAUUUUUCAUUUUCCGUUUUUUUUUUUUUCUGUUGAAGAUUAACACUAAUUAUCAUGUCUGACAAAUGUGUGUGUAUGAUUUAAGCACUUUGUUCAUUUUACAGGAUGAUGGUGACUUAAUGAGUGUUUAGGUAGAGCGCUCUUUCCUUCUCCUUCCGUAUUUUAGCUGCAUGUAUUUCCACAUUCUCUCUCAUUCACGUUUUCUCAGUGUGUACUUUUCAUACCUUAAUAUGCCCUCUAACCAUAGCACUGCAUGUUUUAAUCAUUGGCAGUGAUUAAAAUAAGCAUAGGUGAAAAGUCUUUGAUUAUUGUGUAGAAGAUGGCUAUGAAUCAUGAAAAGGAUUAGAGAGUUUAAUAGUGUAGUGUACAGCUUGUGGUUAAUUUUUUAAAUCUCAAUUUAAAAUAUUAUUGGAUUUUUUAAAAUUACAGUCCUCUUUGACAGAGCUGGAUUGAUUAGUGUUUCAUCUCCUGUCAUCCUUUGGUUUUCUUUGCCCACUGAUUUCACAAAGGUAUAGACAGCAGGUAGUAAGUGGUUCCCUAGGAAAGUUUAUUGAUGAAACACUACUGCAAAUAACAGUUGUCUUUGAAAGAUUUCAUAGAUUGAUUUAGAAAAACAGAUAUUUAAUAAAAGAAAUUAUGCAUUUGUUGGUAAUUGAUUGUCAUCAUUAAAAAAAAAACCCUGGACCUUUCUGGAAGGGCAGUGUAUGAAAACAUCAGUCCCAAGGAGGGGACAGUAAUACUACCUCACUACUAUACCUGCAGUGACUGGUCAUUCAAACAUAGUGAAAUGUGUAAGCUAUAUGUUUUAUAAUACAUAGAGAUACUUUCCAUCAUAAAGGAAUAUUUUUGAGAUUUCUUUUCCUUCGGAAUAUCUUAAGAGUGCUAAAUUUUAACUGCCUUUUUGUUGAACUGAACUGUGGGACUCUGAUUUGUAUUAACAUUGUAAGCUCUCACUGGUAUACUAUCUUCUGGAAGGGUGUUGUAUAUCUGAGGAAGUGUGUAUGUGUGUGUGAAUGUGUGAGAGAGAGGUUGCUUUUGUAGCAUACGACGAAUGUCUGUACCUUCAUUCUUGAUGUAAUUAUUACAUAAUCAUUUUAGCAUAUUUGGUUUCUAAAUCAUUGUGCUUAUUUUUUUCAGUCUCUAAAGAUACUUAAAUUUGGUUAGUUAAUUGUAUUUUAGAAAUUAUAAUUUUAGGUUAUAUUAAUUUCAUUUAUGUUUUACGAAGAAAUCUUUCCAGUUUAAAAGAUGUUGAAUAUUCACAUGUUCUAACAUUUUCUUUACUGUAAAACACCUAGAUUUGGAGAUAAGGAAAGCCUUGUUUUCUCUGUGUGGUUCAGCUACUUUCCAUCUGGUAUUAUGCGUUCAAAUUUACAUUUAGCUAUUAAAAUUGCCAUUUUGUUAGACAUUUUUCAUGCACAAUAGAUUUAAGUUGUGUCUGAAAGUAUCUCUUGUGCUUUUUUGAUUUUGCUGACUUUAAAAGGAUUAAUCUGGGCAGACAUUAUGAAGAGGAAAGGUUGCAUUUAAUAUAUUUUUUGGAUUGAGUAGGACAAAAGAUAACUGGUUAACCUUGAAGUGACUGUUAUACAGUGGUUGUGCACAUCCUUCAAAACACUGUGGAAGAGGAUGCUUCUUGCAGCACAUGAGAGGAAUAGAUGGUGAGCCCUGCUAUUCAUGGUUUAAAGCAUGUGUUCACUUCAAAGCAUUAAACAGUUGCCAUAAUAGGUGAAAAUUUGGAUUUCUAUUGGAUUUUUAUUAAUUUGCUUCAUUUUGAAUUGUGUGCACUACCAUUCCUACUUCAGUUUGAUAUCAGUGUUGAAAAAUUACCAGUUAUAUUUGCUGUUUAUAAUCUAUUUGUAGAUUAGGAUUAAAAUGGAUUUAAUCCAUUUUUAAAGCUGUGUGAAUUUUUCUAAACAGGAACAACUAUUUGCAGUAUGGGUUUUCAUUAAACCAAUUAUAACUUUUAUUAUUAGCAGUUGAGAAGCACAUGUUCAUAUAGCAAUGUAAAAAUAUAUUAAUGAGUAUUUGGUAAAUUCCAACAGGCUUUUCCCAUGAGCAUAAUUUUGUGUUGUACAAUUAAGUUACAUUACAUCUAUAAUUUUGGAUAACAUUCAUUGAUUAACAAUAAAGUGACAAAAGCUCA